GAUCGCUUGCGCAUCUUCGCGAUAGCCGGGAAAUCGUAUUGUGACGAAGCAAGGUGUAUGUUGUUUUUUUUUGUGUUUUUUUGUGUUUGUGAAAGCGUGUUUUGUGAUUGAGGAUUUGUUUAUUUAUUUGAUUGGUAAACCAGUUCAGUGCCAGUGCAGUGUACCAAAUGUGCAUGUAAAUAAGUUUUAAAUCAAUAGUUAUUAUUAUAAGUGAAAUUUAGUUGCCCGUUUAUAAGUGAAAUAUAGUUGCCCGUUUGUAAGUGAAAUAUUAGCCCGUUUAUAAGUGAAAGUGAAUGAGUCUGAGCAAGAUGAUGACGCUGUACAGAACCAUUAAGGGGACGAGCACCACUAAGAGGAAGAGGCGAGAAAGAAGCCUUGGUCCAUUCGAGGCGGUGACAGGGAGCGAAAUGGUAUCCCGGCGGCGAAUCCUAUCGCGUUCACGCGACGAUCUCACCCAGGCCAUAUCCAACCAGAUGGAAGAGGAAGAGGACGUUUGGUACCAGAAGGAUAAACUUUACAAGGAACACAUACAGGAAGUGCUAGACAAAUGGACGCAGAUCGACGACGAGAUCUGGGCGAAGGUGAUAGUGUUCGAGCGCAACCGGCGCGUCGCCAAGGCGUAUGCGCGGGCGCCGGUGCUCACCAUCAACGGCUCGGACGACGGCUUCGAUGGGAUGAGAAUCGGCCUUUGCGGUUUCGACAAUCCUCACAGAGACCAGAAGACAGAAGAAUUAAAAAGACAUAUAGGACAGGGAGUAAAAAUAAAAAUGGACGACGCGGGCAACAUACUCAUCAGACGCUAUUCAAAGAGUAGUGUUUUCGUGAAGAGUACCGCAGCCACCAGCAACGAGGAGACCGCCAUUGGACAAGACAUAGUCAAGCUGCCAGGAUAUGCGCUUGAACAGGAGAAAAUAUUCAAGCUAUUUGACAUGAAGAGAUUCCAAUCAAACGUGAACCGGGAGCUUCGCCGUUCGUACCCAGACCGCCGGCGGCUUGAAACUCAGUGCCUCAGCGCCAUCGGCUUCGUCAAGUCUGAAAGCGACUUACUGGAGUGCCCUAUCUGGGUUCUCAUAAUCAACGUCGUGGCUAUGGAUAUGCUGAAGUCUAAAUUGCCGCCAGUCCAACGCCCCAUGGACAUCAAGAACCGUCCCCGCAUCCCGAUUCCCGACGAGGACCCCUACAGCAUCGCCAGUUCCAACGCAAACUCCGGGUCUUCAGGCAGCUCAGGAUAUGGACUGAACGGGCAUGGCGUGGUGGCAGCUACUAGGGAACAACUGAUGAUGCAGAUGGGUCAGAGGAGGGGGGAUAAACCACCCAAGCUACCGCCAAGGGAGAAUGGAUACGGGCCCGCUGAUAUUCCUAAGCCCGAUUACGAUGACAUAGAGGACGGCCGCCUGCCGCAGCUCGCUCGGGGCAAGUCCGACAAGGGGAAAGACAACAAAAAAUACGAUGACCCCUACUACUGCGGCCUGCGCGCUCGCGUGCCAAACUUCGUAAAAACCAACAACAUGAACGCGAAACACAUCCUCCCAGCCAUGACCGAACGCCUGACGCUCAAAGACGCCCCAGUUCCAAGCAAGCGCUUCAGCGUUGCCCACGCGCACCCGGCCUUCCCGCCGCAUUUGCCCCCGUUCGCUCACGCCCCCAUGCCACCGCAAGCUCUAUGGCAUGCCCGUUCAUACGAAAGCGGAAUCGAUGGAGAGCAUUAUGACCCCUAUGCGUUGUACGGCCGCCUCCCCAUGCCUGGCCGUGGAUUCCCACCCCCUCCGGCUGCGCACGCGCGCCACAUGUUCAUCGGAGAGUGGGACUAAACACUUAACAUAUACGCGUUGAGUUACUAGCUUGUACUCGGUUAUAGUUUACGUUGAAAAAUUUGCAUUUUUUUUGUGCGUAAACUAAAAUCACUUGAUCUUGAAUGUUACACUUUCCGCAAUACUACGUGGCGACUGAUGUUAAAGUACUAUCCCUCUAUAUUAGCAUGAAAGGGAUAGCAAAAUUACUUCAGUCGCCAGUUAGUAUUGCGGAGAGUAUUUGACAGACACUGCCAGGUUUCUGAAUAGGUAUCGUUACAUUGAUGUUGAUAAAGGAUGUUGGCAAAUAUAAGGUUUUUAUAUUUAUUUCGCGGCUUUAUAUCAAUGUGACUGUAUCUUUAUCUGGAUUUAGAUGAACGUUUUUUGUAAAUAUUUACAUUGUUGUAAAUUUGUUUGUACAGUAGCGUAAUCUGUAUUUUAGUUUUGUAUUCUGUUGCGGUUUUUUGUUUGGACAAAUGCGUCCUUGGCUUUAGUUAUGUUUAUAAAUUUUGAUUUUAAUAUUUGAUUUUUUGUAUGGCCAAUUUGAAAAUAAGAUGGAAUGUAUCUCGAGUUAUUAGUUAACAAGUAUAUGUUGACAGAAUAUUUUCUGAUACAUUUAUAUUUAAAGUAAUUAAGUACUAAAAAAUGUACCUAGGUAACAAAUCACUGCCACUUGAUUUUACAUUUCUAUGUUAUCUUACGAAAUGUUUUAUAUUUAUUAAUUAGGUGUCAAUCCUAGUCAAAAACUGGGUUGGGAAAAAUAUAUAAACACAGGCGAAAAGUAUGCGUGUUUAUGAAUAUUAAUGGCUUUAAAAAAAGGGGCCGCAAAUGUAAAAAAAUGCAAAUAUACCAUAAAUCGAGGUUAUUAAAUAUUUUAUUUAUGCGUGAUUACUUUGAAAAAUUUGUUUUAAAGCUAUUAACUAACUUAAGUCCCUAAACUAAAGCCAAUAUUGUUGUAUUGUAAAAACCUGACUUGAAACUAUCAUUUGCAACAUAACCUCGGUAUACAGUACCUAUCUGAUAAUUUUGUUUAAAUACUUUUAUAUUAUCUUUUGUAAAUAUUUUUUUUCUUAUAUGUCUAUUAGCAAUAUAUAUAUCUAGUAUAUUAACAACAUUAUACUUUCUCCAGAUUUUCUUAAGUUUUCGCCAAUACUCAAUAUAAUCUUAUAUUAAAUACCAACUUAGUUUUACAUUGAAUUACUCGAUCGGUAUAAUUUAUUGUAAGUUUUAAGCAACGUAUGGUUGGUUUUUAGUUAUGUUUUAAACUAUUGUUAGAAAGAAGAGAAGAGUGUUCCAUACAAUUUAAAUGCUGCCUUUUCGAACAUAAUUAAAAAUUGGUAGGUAAAUAUUAUUUUGUUCAAUGAGAUGUAAAAAUUGCAGUCAGCGCCUGGACUAUACCUGACAUCUU